AUGUCCACCCACGUCUCAGCGACUUUGGCCUCGCUUUCGCGCUCGCUCGCGUAUACAAUGCCUGGUACCUUCGAUAUGUCCAAGAACCUCGACGUCGAAGCGCAAAUGGUGGAGAAUGAGAUCAACAAGUACUUCGGCCAGAUUGCGACGUACUACUUCGGUGAGGACCAUUUUGCGAUAAGAAUGCAGGCGUACGACGACAUACUGUGGGUUGUGCUGGGCUGGCUCGAGAGCACGCAGUUCAUCGAAGGGCAUUCUGCAGGACACUAUGGUUCCGAUUCGCAGGGAGAGACAACAAUACCGCAAUGGCAUGCUCGUCAAUUCAUCCCAGGGUUUGCCCACCGCGCGCGAGUGUUUUACGAACUUGCUGAGAAAGGUUGGGAUUGGCGGUUAUGCGGUGGAGGCAUGACGUGGAACCCACGUCUUUUGCCGUACAAGAACGCUAUCACCAACCAACUGUUCAUAUCAGCAAGUAUCGGCAUGUACCUGCAUUUUCCAGGGGAUGCGAAUUGCUCGCCGUUUCUCUCGCAGUACGACAAAGUCCAAGACAGCAAUGACAAGAAGCCAAACGACGAGCUUCUCCACGCGCAAGAGCACGGCGAUCAAUGUGAAGAGAAUACUAGCGGAGACAGCUCGUAUGACCCUGUCUACCUGGCUAAUGCGAUCCAUGGCUAUGACUGGUUGAAGAACAGCGGUAUGACGAAUCGUCAAGGUCUGUAUGUAGACGGUUUUCAUAUCGCCGGCUAUCGCACGAACCACAGCAAGACCGAGUGCAACGAACGCAACGAAAUGGUGUAUACAUACAACCAGGGUGUCGUUCUCUCCGGCCUGAGAGGCCUUUGGGAAGCAACAGGAAAACAAACCUACCUCGAAGACGGCCACGAGCUUGUCCGUAACGUCAUCCGCGCCACGGGCUGGGAGGACGAACACAUCCUGACUCCAGCUUGCACUCACUCUAAGAAGCCCGACAAGAUUUUCGAGCCGAAGCAAGAUGUUCUCACCAGAUGGGCCGGCCUCGGUGCAGAUGGCAUUCUGGCUGAGGCAUGCGAUCCGUCUGGGACCUGCAAUCAAGACGGCCAGGCGUUCAAGGGUAUCUUCUUCCACCACCUCACGACUUUCUGCGCCCCGUUGCCGUCUGUACCUGUUCGCCCGGGUAGGACAUACGCAGCGAGUCGCGAGACGCGCACACUGCAUGCUAGAAGCUGUCAGGAGUAUACCAAGUGGGUUGUGCACAAUGCAGAAGCAGCGCUGCGCACGAGGAACGAGCAGGGUUUGUUUGGCAGCUGGUGGGGCGCGGACGUCCAUCACGGAGGAACAUUGCGGGUGAGUCGAGAGAUGAAUGCGACGGACUACAGGAACAGACCUGACGAGUACGUGGCGAGCUUCGAGGAUGUAGUCGACUCGCCAGGCGAGGAGGGAGACGGCGAUGAGCUUCUGGCGGGCGAUGAUGUGGUCGGAGACACGGAUGACAGCAUGAACUCGAGCAGCUCUCGUGAUCUGAACGACCGUGGACGAGGUCGGACGGUUGAGACGCAGGGGAGUGGCAUUGCGGUGCUGAGAGCGAUGUUGGAAUUCACGAAACUGGUUGAGGACGACGGGAAAAUUAAGCCGUGA